AUGGCCCAGCAAAAUAUGGAAGUGAGGCCUGUGCUCCUAAAGCGAAACAGCCUAGAGUCAGUGGAGCUUGUAAAACAACCUCACCACCGCAGGAGCAAAUCCCAGCAGGUACGGUUCAAGGAAGAUGGGACCAGUAAGAAUCCAAGUGGCCUAGCUGAGGGUGAUGUCCAAACUUCUGAAGGCUCGGUUGUGAUGGGGAAGACUCAAGCAUCCAGGCACCAUCAACUCUCUACCUACUCACUCUCCUUCCCCAGGUCCGAGAAGGUGGGGGGCUUUCGGAACAUUGCAAUCCAAACCUCCCCCAGUCUCAGGAAGCAUUUCCCAGUUUUCAAAAGGAAGAAACUCACAGCCAGCAAGUCCCUGGUGGAAAUGCCAACAGCAACCCAAAGUGCCAUCCAGGUCAACGGCAACCUCUCCAAACAAGACAUUGUGUCUUCUGACCUCACCUAUUUAAGGCUGGCUCAGCAUCUUGAGGAUGGGCCUCGAAGGGUCAAGUUGUCCCACCCAUUUCUCCCAAGAGUGUCCAAGGUGCAAAGCAAUGGGCCUGUUAGCAUCUGUUUGGAAGCAGGGACCUGGGGGGCCUCAGAGAAAGCAACAGCUGCCAUUCAGGUCCCAGAUGAUAUUUAUCACAGUCCUUCCUGGGAAGCUAGAGGGGUCACUUUCAGCCCAGACAAGUUGGCUGAGACCAGUAAUUCCAUACACCCUGUGGUCGAAAUGUAUCCAGGUGAUGGGAGAAAUGGGCUGACAUCAGAUUCACAAAGACCCCUCUCCUGCUUAAAUGCCACCAGCGGUGCCAGUCACAUGCCAGGCACAGGUAAAUUUCAACCCGAAUUGCUCUUGCCCAAAGACAACCCUGAUGAUAAAGACCUUGGCCCACUAUCAUCUCAGUCCAAGGAAAGGUGUGUCUCCUCUCCUCCACGGACUCACAGCUCCCCCUUGCUGGGCACCCACAGCCAGCCAGCCCACCCAGGAAGAACUUCAGACUGUCUCUCAUCGGGUAACUAUCACCAGGAUCUGAUAUCACCAAAAGCUAACAGUGAGUCAAGAUCUGCACGCACGUGUCAAGAGGAGAUGGCGAAGAAUUCCAUGCAGUCAAACACCCUGGACUUCCCAAACUGUUUAGGAAGUAAUCCCACCCCAUCCUCCCUUCCAACGAAUGAAACAAAACCUCCAACCAACCAAGAGAUGAGUGAAAUGAAUCAAAUUCACCUGGCCCGGGGGGAACUCUGCGACCUCCAAGGCAGGCUGCAAUCUGUGGAGGAAUCCCUGCACUCAAACCAAGAGAAAAUUAAAGUCCUGUUGAAUGUAAUUCAAGACUUGGAAAAAGCUAGAGCUCUCACAGAAGGGCGCAACUUCUAUCGAACUGGCCAAGAUCUCAACAAUUGCAGUACCUGCCAGAACACGGCGUGCAUCAUAUACAGUGUAGAGUAUGAUUUCCGGCAGCAGGAAGGCAGGUUCCAUGAUGUUCUACAGAGUCUGGAGGAAGCGGAACCUGUUGAAGAGGCCUCUCCCCCACCAAAGUCCCCAGUAGAACCCCCAGUUCCAGAGAAACAGGACUUGAGGCGGAAACCCAAGAAGGUGAAGAAAAAGUGCUUCUGGUGGAUCUGA